CUCCAGGGCAACAGAGAGAACAACGCAGUGCUAAGGGCAGAGGCAGCUGUCAGAGAGCACCAGCAGCUCUGGGCUGCAGGGGGUGAGAGAGGACACAGCAGUACUAAAGAGCAGUGGCACAUACUGCAGUUAGUCCAGGGUGCCACAAUGUCCUCCCAGGAUGUGAAAGCCGAGAUACAGGACAUGGGACAAAAACUUCUGAUGAAAUUACAGCAAUUACCGCAGGCAGACACUUUGGAGAUUGUUUCAUUCACCAUCGUCAUCAUCUUUAUUGCUGUGGUUCUGCUAAUGGCAAUCUUGGGAUGUUCUUUCUGCUGCUGCGCCAAGCAUCGUGUCACCAGGGUGCAGCCCAAAACUGAGUUGUAACAGUGAACAAAGAGUCCAUGUCUGUGUGAUUUUUCCAUUUGAUGCCAGUUACCAUAAGGACAAAAAAUUAGAGUGACACGAGAAAGCAGUAAACUUUUUUUACAUUUUUUUAUUGUAACGGAUUAGCUGUAGAGGACUACCGUAAUAAGCAUCGAACAAAUAUAUCAAAAGUCAAAACUGUAUUUCUCUAUGGAAGUAGACAGAGAAUUUGAUAGACAACAAAACUCACCUACUGGCACCAAAUAUGGCAUAUUUACAUGAAAAAUUUCAGAACUAUAUGAUACUCGGGAAAAAGACAAUUAUCACCAAAUUGAGACUAUGAUAUGGAUGCAAACAAAAACAAAGCAAACCUACGCUGUAAACUUUGAUGUAUAUUGUGUUAUUUUUUAGAAAGUGAAGAAAAGGGCGCCCUACUAGUGUCUAAUAAAAUUAUAGAGCUGAUGUGAUUGAGAACAGGAUACUACUUAUCUGUCAUAAAUAGACUUUUGCUUCAGUCAUAGGACCAGUACAGGUACAUGAAAAAAGAAGAACAAAAUAACAUAGCGCGUACUGUUUUUACGCAAUCACAAUCUACAGAUCAUAUAAACCAAUUGUGUGUUAAAAAACUUUCUGGGUAAAGGUAAAUCCCACAAAUUUUAAAAUCCACAGCCAGGGAUUUUGUUUCAAAAGUUUUUCACCAUAAAACACACAUAAAACAUAAAGGUAGAAGUAUAAAAUAUACAGUUUUCAAUCUAUAGAUAAAAUGGACCAAUUAUGUGUUUAAAACUUUCUGGGUAUAUGCAAGUCCCAAAAAUUUGAAAUCCACAGCCAGGGAUUUUUUAAAAGUUUUUUCACAAAAUUUAAUAAAACACAUAAAACAUGAAAGGUAGAAGUAAUGCGAGCGUACAAGAUAAAAUUGAAUGACAAGCUUAUCUGUCCAUAUUAGGACUGGGAUACAUCAGAUCUUUCGUAAGCAUCCAAGAUAAAUAGUAAAAUUUCAAACGUACAAAAAUUAAAUAUUAAAACAGCUUAUCUGCCCAUAAGGGAAGUUCAGGUGCAUCAGUCCCAACGCGUUUCGUCCUUAAUUAGACUUCAUCAUGGGGAUAAGGUCAGUAAGCAAAGAUGCUCUAUUUAUACCUGAAGAGAGAGUGAGAACCCAGCACAUGGCCAGGUAAUUGAUGACAUCACUUCCUGUUAGGUGAUGUCGAAUUUUGACAAUGGGAGACAGUUUAAUUAUACUCUCAGGCGUGGUGGCUACAUAUUGUAUGUAUAGAGGGCACAAACAAGUGAUAGGCAGGGAAAUUGUAAUGUAAAACGAAGCUUAAAAGCUUCGUAUGGCGUUGUGCAGCGCGGUGGAACGCACGCUGGAACGCACAGCUAGUUCCUGGCGUGGUCCGCCGCGCGUCACUUCCGGUUUUGCGGAAGGUACUUCCGCCGGCCGGUGGAACGCACUGUGGAACGCAUCGUCAUCUCCGUGACGAUGCGCUCUGCACAGCGGAGCUUGUCAGCAGUGAUCAACUGCUGCUUCAGUAAUCAGUGAAACAAGGGGGGCAGUGACGAGGGAUGGCAGUGGACAAACUAUUUAGUAUAUAUAAGUACAUGUGUAUAUAGGAACAUAUCCGGAUUAAAAAUAGAGAUAAAGAAAAUAAAUAAAAAUAAAAAUAAAUAUAAAUGUAAAUAUAAAAUAAAAAUAUAUUAAUGAAAAUAAACAUAAAAAAUACAAAGAUAUAUAUAUAUAUAUAUAUAUAUAUAUAUAAAAGACAUAUAUAUAUAAAAUAGUGAUAUAGUUCUUUCUCCAUAUAUAGAGGUAUGUCCCAUCUUAGUAAGUUUUUAUCAUAAAGUCCGUAGUGGUUCACACGUAGUGCUCGUGAAGUUAAAAACGUCCAAAAUAAAGCUGGAUAGAGCCGGUUUUUCGCCAAAAGGCUGGAAUAUUAGAAGGAUAAAAAAUUUAUAUUACACGAUGGCUAGGGAUAAUUAGGAAUAGGUGUAGUAUAACAUACAGAGAUAUGAGAUGUGCAAUUGAGUUGCAGGUGAUUAAAUUGACUCAAGGUCAUAAUGAAGGAAGGUGCGAUAAUAUAGUGCAAUUGUGGUCAUAAUAUAUUACUAUUUUGUGUUAAAAAGUAUAGGUGAUGAGUCUUUUAUAAAAAAGGGGCGAUUUCAAAUGCUUCGUUGAAGCCCAGCGGUGCCAUAGUUUGCAGUUCAAAGAUCCAGAACAUCUCUCUUUUCGAUAAUUUGUUCAAUAUAUCUCCUCCUCUUUCUCCUGAUUUAAUUUGCUCGAUGGCUUUGAAUGUCAGAUCUUCGGGAUUGGAUUUGUGUUUUUCCUUAAAAUGUUUGGAAACAACGUGAUUCUCAACCUUAUUUUUUAUAUUUCGGACAUGUUCCUGUAGUCGAAUUUUAAGUAGUCUUUUCGUUUUGCCCACAUAUUUUAGGCCACAUGUGCAUUCUAAAAGAUAUAUGACCAUGGUUGAGUUACAGUUCAUGAAGUCUUUGAUUAAAUAUUCUUUCGAGUUGUUAUGAUUGGAGAAGUGUCUUCUAACCGGAUGUACAAACUUGCACAUGUUGCAGUUUCCACAUUUAUAAUUUCCUUUGCACUUAGGCAUCCCGAUUUUGUUUGUAGGCUCUUCUUUUUUCAAGAGACUUGGGGCUAAGAUGUCUUUGAGACUUUUGGUCUUUCUAAAGACA